CUUAUUAUUUCCAAAGCCUGCCAAACACAAUGUAUCAACAAACGAAAUGUUCAAACAACAAAGCUUAAAAGACAAGACCAACUACAAAGACUUCAAUGACAACACUGAAGCGAUGGAUUUAUACUUGACACCAACGACGAGAUCAUACCAGCAAAAUCUUGACAUCGAAGCAAUGAAAUCAAAAAUAAAUGAAAAAACCUGA